CGUAAAUCUCUGGCAACGAAAAAUCAAAACAACAAGAAGAAAAAACACAUUCAUGAACAUGCAAUGAAGAAUUUGUGCAUGAGCGUCGCUUUUAUUUACGUCUGAAAUUAAGACAAUUAGCUUCAAAUUAAUGAGAUCUGUGAUCAGACAGCAUGAUUGGAGUUGGAGAUGAGGUGGCCGUCUUCGUCGCCUGUUUGCCUCUGAUCACCCUUUUAAUUUACUGCUCAAUUCUCAUCAGACGGAAGUACUUCGGAAGCAACAAUCCAUCAAUUGCCGCAAUGCAGCCGCCAAGCCCACGGCAGCAGGAAUUCCCUCGAGAGUCCUUCAACUACGCCGACUACACCUGCCCCAUCUGCAUCACUCAAAUCGACCUACCUGUCGAAACAAAUUGUGGACACAAAUUCUGUGGUUGUUGCAUUUUGGAAAACUGGAGGGUUUGGCGUCGAGAACACAUCGGACCGCUCAAAUGUCCACUUUGUCGGACGUCUGUCCGCAUGAUCCUACCCCUGUUCUCAAACAACAAUGGCUCCCCUGCUGGUGCUGACCCGCAUCUCAGGCAGAGAGAGGUCAUCAACAGGGUCAACAGAUACAACAGCAAGCACGCCCACGGCCGAAAUUUGAUCCAAAUGAUGAGAGACGCUCCGGUUUUGUUGAGGCACCUCCUCGUUGAGCUCCGAGAAAUGGGCGGACUGAGCCAAUUGUUUGUUGCCAAGUUGGUGGUUUGCAUUCUCAUCACAGGAAUCUACCUUGUGUGCCCCAUCGACAUGCUGCCAGAAGCCUUCCUCGGGUUUCUCGGACUCGUGGAUGACCUGUUGGUGGUUAUGCUUUUCUUCGUCUACGUCUCCAGAAUGUACUACGGAAUCGUCCAAGACAGAGCCGUUGCUGACUGAAAAAUUUGUCGUCAACCGAGUUGUGAUCACAAAAUCCAGUGAAGAAUAAUUUUCCUGAUCAAUUUACGUAGUGGAUUAUUUAAUGAUAAGUCUUUAUGGGAAUGUUCUUCUUUUUUAGUAAUGUGGAAAUUUUUGAACCCUCAAAGAGGGCCUUGAAUUUUCUACACGACUAAAGCAGGAUCUAAAGUGGAGAUAAAAACAUUUUAUUUAAUUAGACUGGCUGUUUUAAACCCUUUUCAACAAUUCUGUUUCGCUCUCUGCUCUGUGCUAGGUUAAAUGUAUUUUUUUUUUCUCAUUGGUUGCAAUCAUGAAAUAAAAGACUGUCGCGUUUAAAAGUGCACUUAUAACAACAAUAUAGCGUAGCUCUUUUUAUUCUUCACUUA